UUCUCAGCUUCACACACCAUGACAAUCACUGCGUGAGGUGGUGUCAGUGUCAGAUUGUCACCUGAGUGACAAGCUAACAUUUACCACAGCAAAGCCUGAACCACUCACAAUUUUUCCAUCUCUGGUGUCAAAUCUAAAAGACCAUCUCCCAUUUCCUUUUAGAUCAUUUGGUGUCAUGUUUCAUUCAGAGUAAUUUGCCAGUUCUGUCCAUUUUGCAUUGACAAAGACAGAAACAAUAGGCUAUAAGUUUACUGAGGGCAAAGGGCAUUCCUUUGGACAGUGCAUUUUAGGACUGCCACCCACUGGAGUGUAAUGCAUGGCUUUCUUUGCUUGUACAAUUUUACAUUUUCAAACAGAUGAUUACUGAUCAAAUAUUUUAUAUUUAAUUCAUGUUCUAACAAUAGUAGAAUUUUGAUAAAAAACUGACAGCUCAGUGACAGUGUACUGAUCAAAACCAUGGGAUGUUUGGAAACCCUGAAAAGGUACUAAACCCCUUUGUUUGGAUGCUAUAAUGGACAAUAUCAAAACUGAUAAAAACCAAUAAGACCAGCCUUUCAAGUUAAAAUGAAUUAACUUUGGUGUGGCCCUCUAAGCCUCUAACACAAACAGCAGGAUGUACAUUGAAACUGUUUACAACAAAUGGGUUCAACCCACAGAGCUCACCUGUUCAUGUAUUUUCCAUUUGUGUGCAGUGAAGUAUCCUAACAAUAUCAUGUGAGAUCUUUUCAUGGUCCCAGAGCUUGACAACAUUUCUUACAUGUAUCUCUUGAGGCCCUAGAGGUUUCCAUGGGCAUAGAAUUGUCCAAAAUGUUUUGGUAUGCUGUAGCAUUAAGAUUUCCCUCCACUGGAAGUAAGGGGCCUAGCCCAACCCCAUCUAGCCUGCCUCUUAAGCCAAGUGUUUGCUAUCACUAACUCCACUAGUUACUGUAGCUGAAGAAUGAGUGUAUGUUUGCUUUGUGUAAUGUUCUUCCCACCCCUUCAGCUUGUGCCAAGAAGGCAGUAAUAGUAAGCACUAUAUUAAAGAGCCUUUGUGCCUGACGUGCUCAGUUCAGUUUGUGUCCGAGCCAUCUGCAUUUGAGCAGUCAGCAGAGUGACAGCCACAUUUUGGCGUAUUUGGGGCGUCCUCUUCUUUAAGGUGGUCUUACCGAUCAUCUGAAAGAACACCAUGAACUGGGCCUUCCUUCAGGGCCUCCUUAGCGGAGUGAACAAGUACUCCACGGCAUUCGGUCGCAUCUGGCUAGCCAUCGUUUUUAUCUUCAGACUCUUGGUCUUCCUGGUGGCCUGUGAGAAGGUCUGGGGAGAUGAACAAAAGGAUUUCGAUUGCAAUACCCGCCAGCCUGGUUGUCACAAUGUCUGCUACGACUACUACUUCCCCAUCUCCUAUACCCGACUCUGGGCUCUCCAGUUGAUCUUUGUCACCUGCCCAUCGUUCCUUGUGACGCUUCAUGUGGCCUACCGAAAAGAACGUGAGCGCAAACAUCGGCUAAAGUACGGCGAAGACUGUGUCCCUCUCUAUGACAACACAGGGAAGAAGCGAGGGGGUCUUUGGUGGACCUACUUUUUUAGCCUGGUGUUUAAGAUAAUGGUGGAUGCUGUGUUUGUUUUCCUGCUGUUCUACAUCUAUGAGGCCACAUUUUUCCCACCAUUAGUGAAAUGCAGUGAAGAGCCAUGUCCCAAUGUGGUGGACUGCUACAUUGCCAGACCCACAGAGAAAAAAAUAUUUACCGUCUUCAUGGUGGUGACCAGCUUGGUGUGCAUCUUCCUCACUCUUUGUGAGGUCUUCUACCUGUGUGGGAAGAGGUUCUGGGAGUGCUGCUGUGGAGGACCACAUUCAGUGAGAGAAAACUCCUUCAUGAUGACCAGAACUCCUCUGACUGGGAAGGCGAACUCCUUGUACAACGAGCCUGUCCUAGAGAAGGCCAAGAUGGCUGACAAAGACAAUGGAGAAGUUUGCGCUCAUAGUUCAGCCCCACCAUACAGCAUAGCAAUCUCCUGAGAGAAAUGUAUCAUGUAAACAAAUUUGAUUUGUGAGAACAGAGCAAAGUAAAUGGUUUGGUAGCUUUUGUACUGUUAAUCAGAUUUAUCAGCAAAAAUUAGUUUUAAAGGAAAUGUUGUUUACAAAGGUCAUGUCUUUACAUCAAAAUUCUGCACUGUUUUUGUCCUUAAAUAUUGUUGAGCUAAACAUAUGUGUAUUCGUUUUAAAGACUUGUGAUCUAAACUGAUACACUGAAGGUCAUUUACGGUACUUUGACUAUUUAUAUGAUAAUUUGUUAUGUGAGAUCUAUUAUUCUGUAUGCCUACAAAAUAAAAUUGCUUUACUUAUUUUGAGAUACAAGAGCUGCAGUGUAUGUACUUUAACACAAAUGCAAUUUAGGCAAAUACUUCUGGAUGAACAAGCAUAAUGUCAUGAACGUAACCAAAAUAUGAGGGUUACAUUUUCUAAAACACACAACCGCCCUGUGAAAUCUGCUUUGCCACAUAAUGCUUCAUUAUCCCUGUGCAAAAAAUUUCUAAAUUUUACAUAUUAAAUCGAUUAA